AGAGACUCACAUCACCUUCAUUUAUUUUGUUUCUUCAUAUCAUUUCAUUUUAUUUCGAGACAUUUGAUUCAUUGAUCUAAUCUCUCACAAUAUAAUCGAUUUCAUCCUAUCACGACAUCUAUCUUGUGGUUAUACAUCUUUAAUGAUAAUAUAGCGACUAGAACAUAAAUCAUAAUAUCCUAUUUUACACUACCAUUCACUGGCCCACUAUCUAAUAAUAAUAAUAAUAAUAAUAACAUAAUAAUAUAUAAUAAAUAAUAAAUAACGAUAAUUGAUACCAUAAUGACAUUAGACGAAACUUGGAAAUUCUCCCAAUGCUUUGGAGACAAAGGUGAUAUUGAAAAUAUUACUGAAGCCGAUAUAAUUUCAACCGUUGAAUUCGAUCAUUCGGGUGACUUUUUGGCCACAGGAGAUAAAGGAGGUAGAGUAGUGUUAUUUGAAAGAAAUCAAUCAAAAAAGAAACAAAGUUGUGAAUAUAAAUUCUUUACCGAAUUUCAAAGUCAUGAUGCUGAAUUUGAUUAUUUAAAAUCAUUAGAAAUUGAAGAAAAGAUUAAUAAAAUUAAAUGGUUAAAAAGUUCUAAUAAUGCCUUAUAUUUAUUAUCAACUAAUGAUAAAACUAUUAAAUUAUGGAAGAUUAUGGAAAGACAAAUUAAACUAGUUAGUGAAAAUAAUUUAAAUGGAUCAAGUCAACCAACAUCUAAUCAUCAUUUAACUUUACAAGCUUUAAAAUUACCUCAAUUACAACUUCAUGAUAAAUUAAUUAGUGCUCAACCUAAAAAGAUUUAUUCAAAUGCUCAUGCUUAUCAUAUUAAUUCUAUUUCAGUAAAUAGUGAUCAAGAAACUUAUUUAUCAUCUGAUGAUUUAAGAAUUAAUCUUUGGAAUUUAGGAAUUGCUGAUCAAUCUUUUAAUAUAGUUGAUAUUAAACCAACUAAUAUGGAAGAAUUAACUGAAGUUAUAACUAGUGCAGAAUUUCAUCCAAAUCAUUGUAACAUUUUUAUGUAUUCUUCAUCAAAGGGUACUAUAAAAUUAGCUGAUAUGAGAUUAAAUUCUCUAUGUGAUCAACAUGCAAAAAUUUAUGAAGAAUAUUUAGAUCCUUCAUCUCAUAAUUUCUUUACUGAAAUUACUUCAUCAAUUUCAGAUGUAAAAUUUAGUCAUGAUGGUAGAUUUAUUGUACUGAGAGAUUAUAUGACUAUAAAAAUUUGGGAUUUAGCUAUGGAAAAUAAACCAAUUAAAACUAUAAAUGUUCAUGAACAUUUAAGAGAACGAUUAUGUGAUACUUAUGAAAAUGAUGCUAUAUUUGAUAAAUUUGAAGUACAAUUUAGUGGUGAUAAUAAAUCUAUUAUGACAGGAUCUUAUAAUAAUAAUUUUAUGAUUUAUCCUAAUGCUAUAUCUUCAUCAGCUUAUUCAAAAAAUUUGAAUAAACCAAUAUUUAAGCAAGCAUUAUAUAAAAAAUCAAAUAAGAAGAAAUCAGGAUCUAUUCAACUGAAAAAGAAACCUAUUCAUUUUAAUCGUAGUUAUCAAGAAGAUGAAGAUGAAGAAGAAGAAGAUGAUGAAGAUGAUGAACAUGAAGAUGAUGAUGAAGAUGAUGAAGAGGAUGAAGAUGAAGAUGAUGCUGAAGGAGUUAAACGUGAAUAUCCUCCUGAUAAAGAUAUUCAUUCUCCAGGUUCACAAUUAAAUGAUGAAGAUGAUGAUCAAGAAGAGAUUAUCUUACAAGCCGAUAAAUCAGCAUUUAAAUCUAAAAAAUCUGGUCAUAAUCCAAUGAGAAGAAGAAUGAUGAGUGGAGUUGGACAAAAUCAUAAUUCAAAUGAUUUCGAUGAAAUAGAUUUCAAAAAGAGUAUUUUACAUUUAUCAUGGCAUCCUAAGGAAAAUUCAGUAGCUAUUGCUGCUACUAAUAAUUUAUACAUCUUUUCUACCUUAUGAUAAGAUGAAGAUUAGAUGUAUAUCCUCUGUAACGAUUGUUCUUUUGUUAUUCUACGCACUAAUUCUUUAAUGUUACAUGUCUUGCUAUUAUUGUUCUUGUUUGUUAGUCUUUUAGUUUUUAGUUUUUAGUUUUUAUAUAUCAUUUCUUCAUUAAUUAAUUUCUUCUUUAUUUCAGGCAUUGUUUUUGUUUCUGUCUUUGUUUUUUA